AUGAUUUAUCUUUUCCAAGCCUCACUCUUGUUUUUAAAUCUAUGUAUUUUCACUUGUGGAGAAGCUAUACAAGACAACUGUGUGCAUCAUUCUACGGAUUCUCCAGGAGUUAACAUUGUAGAAGAUGACUCUAAUACAAAAGGUGAAAGUAAAAGUAAUGCUACUGUUUACAAAGAAGAUUGUGGGGAAUCAUGUGAUAUUAAAACUAAAAUUACACGAGAAGAAAAAUAUUUCAUGUGUAGGAAUUUGCAAAAUUCUAUUGUUUCUUAUACACGAAGUACCAAAAAACUACUAAGAAACAUGAUGGAUGAGCAGCAAGCUUCCUUGGAUUAUUUAAUUAAUCAGGUUAAUGAGCUCAUGAAUCGAGUUCUCCUUUUGACAACAGAAGUUUUUAGAAAACAGCUGGAUACUUUUCCUCACAGACCAGUUCAGUCACAUGGUCUAGAUUGUACUGAUAUUAAAGAUACCAUUGGUUCUGUCACCAAAACACCAAGUGGUUUGUACAUAAUCCAUCCAGAAGGCGCUAGUCACCCAUUUGAGGUUAUGUGUGACAUGGAUUACAGAGGAGGUGGAUGGACUGUGAUACAGAAAAGGAUCGAUGGGAUAAUUGAUUUUCAAAAGCUGUGGUGUGAUUAUCUGGAUGGAUUUGGUGACCUCUUAGGAGAAUUUUGGCUAGGAUUGAAAAAGACUUUUUAUAUAGUGAAUCAGAAGAAUACCAGUUUUAUGCUGCAUGUGGCACUGGAAUCUGAAGAUGACACAUUAGCUUAUGCAUCAUAUGAUGAUUUUUGGAUAGAGGAUGAAACAAAAUUUUUUAAAAUGCACUUAGGACGAUAUUCAGGAAAUGCUGGUGAUGCAUUCCGGGGCUUCAGAAAAGAAGAUAAUCAAAAUGCAAUGCCUUUCAGCACACCAGAUGUUGAUAAUGAUGGAUGUCGUCCUGCAUGCUUCAUCAGUGAUCAGUCUGUGAAGAGCUGCAGCCACCUCAGUAACAAUACCGGCUGGUGGUUCAGCCAGUGUGGUCUCGCAAAUCUGAAUGGCAUUCAUCACUUCUCUGGAAAGUUGCUUACAACUGGAAUUCGAUGGGACACAUGGACUAAAAACAACUCACCUGUUAAGAUUAAAUCUGUUUCAAUGAAAAUUAGAAGAACUUACAAUCCAUAUUUUAAAUAA